AUGGCAAAAGCAGGUGUUUUUGUUUGUCUUGUGAUUGUUAUUGUGGAUGUAGCUGCUGGUAUUCUCAGCAUUGAAGCAGAAAUGACCAAAAACAAGGUGACAAGGUACAUGAGUCUGAAAAGCUUUGAGUGUCAAGAGCCGAAUGAUCAAGCUUUCAAGCUUGGGUUAGCUGCAGCUACCCUACUAGCUUUAUCCCAUGUUACUGCCAACUUGCUUGGUGGCUACAUGUGCAUUUGUUGCACAGAAGAGCUUGAAAGAUCGACAGCUAGCAGGCAAUCCUGGUUCGGGUGCCUCGUUCUUUCUUGGAUUGUAGUAGCUGUUGGAUUUCCAACCCUGGUUAUGGGAAUGCUAGAGAAUUCCAAAUCAAAAGGGUCAUGCCAGGUUUUGCACCAUCAUUUUCUAUUUGUUGGAGGGAUAUUGUGCUUUAUACAUGGCCUGUUAAGUGUUGCAUUCUAUGUUUCUGUAUCUGUCACCUUUGAAAGGGGAAGUAGCCAUGGACUAGAAGGAGACUCUUAA